ACAAUGUUAAUAUACCUUUAAAUGCGAUUAUUUCGAUGAAUAACAAUCAUUUGUUGGGCUGCAUAUCAAUGUGAAGCAGAGGUGUGCGGCAAUAUGAUAUUUACUAUACCAAAAAUCUUAUUGGCAUCAUCCACUUCAACAUAGCAAGAGUGCGAGAAAACACACUGCCUUCUGCAUUACAACCAUGAUCGGCCAACUGGUACGCCGGCAGCUGUUCGGCCGGUUCGGAUACUUCGUACACACACGAUCCAUCAAUGUGGACAGCUCGACCAGGCUCGGAUUUCCCUGCGCUUACUCCGACGAAGAAACGAAGAAGAUUCUCAACACCUUAAACGAACAGGACGUCGAGGAGCUGUACAAAUACAACAUCUCAAAGUACCGGCUGAAAAAGAUCGAAGGAUGGCGCAAAAAGUUUGGUUCGUUUCUUUCGCUCGAGCAAGUGCUCGAACUGGACGGCUUCGGUGUGACGGUGUUGCGCAAAUUUUACGAUUCGAUCGUUCACGGUCCUAAAGAAGACACGGUCACCGCCACCAAAGCCAUCAAAAAAGAUGUUAAAUUCACGACGCCCCUGCUCACUGCCCAAAUGAUACCGAAAAUCGGCAGCUGUGUGUCGCUGUACGUUGGCCUGGACUAUGUCACGUGGGCGUACUUUAAGCUUGAGAAGGAACGACCGACCACGCUGGCCGGCUGGAACAGCUACAACAUUAGCGAUCGCAAGCUGCACCUCAGCGAGCUGAUUCGGUGCGUGAGUCAAAUCAGCCGGCUCAUUCCGGAGGCUGACGUGUACGUGGUGGAAAACCCUCCCGUCGCACAAGCGUCCGCUAUGGGUUCAGCCGUCCAGACUAACAUCAACAUGCAACGAUCACAGUUGAUCGGCAUGUUGAUGCUAAUGCUGGCCGACAGACCCUCCGGUCCGGCUCAAUCCACGAGCGACUCCACCGAUAGCAACGUUUUCUUUCUGAAGCAAUAUCUUUCCGCUCGGCUGUUCGGUAUCUUUGUCGGGAAUGAGCGUGUCUCGUCGCAGGACGUCAUCCGAUCGCUAAUGGAGCGACAGAUCGGUCCGAAUGAGGACGAGCUGGAAUCGGUACAGUCCCGGCUGAGCAUACCGUCGGGGUUGCGGAUCAUCUAUGAAGAAAACGACAGCACCGAACGGGAGUUUCUCGGCCAAUCACUCCUGCUGGGAUUGAGCUUUUUGCGGCUCUGUGUCUUCAAGUGCGAGGACAGCUUGAAGAUGUUUCGGAGAUAAACUACACCCAAGGCCGCCCUGUGAUAGCACCGUUCGACGGAACAUAGAAACGCUUGAAAUACA